GACCUUGGUAGGUAUUACUCAUUCUUGCAUUUUUUGCGCGAUCGUGUAAGUACUCAGGGUUCAGUUGAAUUGUGUCCUUUUUAAGCGAAUGUACUAGCUUAAAAAAUUAUUCUACAAGUAUAUUUGAUAACCCAUCCUGUACGUUAUGGCUGGAAAAUUAUUUGCUAUUGAGAUUUUUCUGAUUCUGUUGAUUGGUAACACGCAUGUUCACGGAGUGAUUACCGGAAGUGCUGCUCCUAGUGUACCGUCUUCCAAGUACCCAGAUCCUAGAAGAGAUGACAGCAUUUCGAAUACGUAUCCCAAAGACACUAUAGUCAAAGAUCCGUAUCAAUGGAUGGAGGCGCCAGAUAGCGACGAAACUAAGAAAUUUGUAGAGGAUGAAAAUCGUCUUACGAGAGAGUACCUGGAUAAAAGCCCAUACCGAGCUGAAUUAGAAGCUCGAUACAAAGAAUUGUAUGAUUAUCACAGAUACAAUGGAUUCUUUCAGGAAGGAAAAAAGUACUUCUCCUAUCAAAACACUGGUUUACAAAAUCAAGAUGUGCUUUACGUGCAAGAUUCAUUGACCAGCAAAAAAGCCGAAUUUUUCAAUCCAAAUACUCUUAGUGAAGAUGGAACCGUAGCAUUAGAUCCUUAUUAUUCGGCUUUCUCCGAAGAUGGAUCAAUUUUUGCUUACAUGUUGAGAGAAAAUGGUUCAGACUGGAGUACUGUGCAAUUCAAGAAUGUAGAUCAAGAUGAUAAAUAUCACGAAAAGCUGGAAAAAAUAAAAUUUUCAGUUCUAUCAUGGACAAAUAAUAAUAAAGGAUUAUUCUAUUCGGCUUAUCUUGAUCAUAAAGGCAACCCGGAUGGUUCUACAAAUGACUCGAAUCAAAAUCAUAAAAUUUACUAUCAUUUACUAGGAGAUGACCAAUCCAAAGAUGUUUUAGCGGUAGAAUUUCCCAGUAAUUCCGAGUAUCUUCUCACUGGUUGGGUAAGCGAUGAUGCCAAUGGUAAAUAUCUGGUCGUAUCAGUGGCAGAUGGUACUGGUAAUAAUAUGAUCUAUAUCGCUGAUUUGGAAAAGAUUAACUUCGAAAUAAAGGGUAAAUUAGAACUCAUACCAGUUGUUACAAAUUUGGACGCAAAUUACGAAUAUAUCGCCAAUGACGGGAACACUUUCAUCUUCAAGACCAGCAAAGACGCCGAUAAUUAUAAAAUAAUUAGUGUCGAUAUUAGUAAUCCAGAUCCUAAAGCAUGGAUAUGGAAAGAUAUCGUGCCAAAUCAUGAAAAAAAUGUAUUAGAGUGGGCAGUUGCGGCAUCAGACGUGUAUUUGAUCGUAUGUUACACUGAAAAUGUUAAAAGCACUCUCCAAUUACACAACAUCACUUCAGGUGAACUGAUCACGACAUUCGAUUUGAAAGACAUCGGUACUGUUGAACAAACUGGAUUCUUUGGCGGUAGAAAAUACUCGGAUAUAUUUUUCUUGUUUAAAUCAUUUCUCACUCCUGGAAUUAUUUAUCGUUGCGAUUUAUCAAAACCGUCAUUCGAUUUAGAGGUAUUUCAAGAAAGCAAAUUGACAAAUUUUAAUCGCGAAGAUUUCACCACAGAACAAGUAUUUUAUAAAAGUACAGGCGGAGUCGAAGUCCCCAUGUUUCUUACUUACAGAAAAACUUUGGAAAAGAAUGGAAACAAUCCGACUUUCCUAAUAGGUUAUGGAGGUUUUGGCGAGAGUCAACUACCUUAUUUCAGUGUUAAUCGUAUCGUAUUCAUGAGUAAUUUCAACGGCAUACAUGCCAUGGCAAAUAUCAGAGGCGGAGGAGAAUAUGGCGAACAGUGGCAUCGAGAUGGAUCUGUGCACAACAAACAAAAUUCUUUCGAUGAUUUCAAAGCAGGUGCUCAAUAUUUAAUCGACAAACAAUACACGAGUACUAAAUUAAUGACUAUUAAUGGUGGAUCCAAUGGAGGUCUUUUGAUGGGAGCCUGUCUUAAUCAGCGACCAGAUUUAUUCGGUGUGGUGGUUGCAGAUGUAGGUGUAUUCGAUAUGUUGAGAUUUGAUCAGUUUACUAUCGGAAAGAAUUGGAUACCUGAGUACGGUUCGCCAUCCACAGACGAGGAUUUCGAAUACCUAUAUGCGUACUCACCUUUGCAUAACGUCAAAAUACCCGACGACCCUCAUAAACAGUAUCCUCCUGUCAUGCUUACCACUUCAGAUCACGAUGAUCGUGUUCCACCAUUCCACUCAUUGAAAUUCAUUGCCACCUUGCAAUACAAUGCCAAGAAACACUCCAAUCAGAUAAAUCCUUUUAUCAUCAGAAUUGAAAAGAAAGCUGGUCAUGGAGAUGGUCUUCCUACGGAUAAAGCUAUCGCACGACUCGUAGACAUGAAUAGUUUUAUCAUCAUGAAUACUGGGAUAACGUUCCAUGCGUAAAUUCUAUGCAAGGAUUUCGUAAUUAUUAUGUUAAUUUAAAUUCUGUAUAAUAGGUGUUCCAUAUAACUAUAAAUCAUGUACUGUUUGCUGUAGUUUUGUGUUUCAUUAAAAUGUAAAAACGUU